AACUUCCGUCUCCAGGGAAACUGAAGACCUUGCAGCUGCCCCAACCUUUCUGGUGUCAUACCUGAGGCAGAGGUCUUCACCAAGCUGGUAGCAAGCCCAUCAGUGGUCCGUUUGUGUCAACAAAUACUUGGAAAUGAGGCCCCUCACCCUCGAGGUUACCCUGCACCUGAACCCCAUUGCCUCAGUGCACACUCACCACAAACCUAUCGUGUUCCUGCUCAACUCCCCCCAGCCCCUGGUGUGGCAUCUGAAGACGGAGAGACUGGCCGCUGGUGUCCCCAGACUCUUCCUGGUUUCGGAGGGUUCUGUGGUCCAGUUUCCAUCAGGAAACUUCUCCUUGACAGCAGAAACAGAGGAAAGGAAUUUCCCUCAAGAAAAUGAACAUCUGCUGCGCUGGGCCCAAAAGGAAUAUGGAGCAGUGACUUCGUUCACCGAACUCAAGAUAGCAAGAAACAUCUAUAUUAAAGUGGGAGAAGAUCAAGUGUUUCCUCCUACGUGUAACAUAGGGAAGAAUUUCCUCUCACUCAAUUACCUUGCCGAGUACCUUCAACCCAAAGCCGCCGAAGGUUGUGUCCUGCCCAGUCAGCCCCAUGAAAAGGAAGUACACAUCAUCGAGUUAAUUACCCCCAGCUCGAACCCUUACAGCGCUUUCCAGGUGGAUAUAAUAGUUGACAUACGACCUGCUCAAGAGGAUCCCGAGGUGGUCAAAAACCUUGUCCUGAUCUUGAAGUGCAAAAAGUCUGUCAACUGGGUGAUCAAGUCUUUUGACGUCAAGGGAAACUUGAAAGUCAUUGCUCCCAACAGUAUCGGCUUUGGAAAAGAGAGUGAACGAUCCAUGACAAUGACCAAAUUGGUAAGAGAUGACAUCCCUUCCACCCAAGAGAAUCUGAUGAAGUGGGCACUGGACAAUGGCUACAGGCCAGUGACGUCAUACACAAUGGCUCCCGUGGCUAAUAGAUUUCAUCUUCGGCUUGAGAACAACGAGGAGAUGAGAGAUGAGGAAGUCCACACCAUUCCUCCUGAGCUUCGUAUCCUGCUGGACCCUGACCACCCGCCCGCCCUGGACAACCCACUCUUCCCAGGAGAGGGAAGCCCAAAUGGUGGUCUCCCCUUUCCAUUCCCGGAUAUCCCCAGGAGAGGCUGGAAGGAGGGCGAAGAUAGGAUCCCCCGGCCAAAGCAGCCCAUCGUUCCCAGUGUUCAACUGCUUCCUGACCACCGAGAACCAGAAGAAGUGCAAGGGGGCGUGGACAUCGCCCUGUCAGUCAAAUGUGACCAUGAAAAGAUGGUCGUGGCUGUAGACAAAGACUCUUUCCAGACCAAUGGCUACUCAGGGAUGGAGCUCACCCUGUUGGAUCCUUCGUGUAAAGCCAAAAUGAAUGGUACUCACUUUGUUCUCGAGUCUCCCCUGAAUGGCUGUGGUACUCGACAUCGGAGGUCGACCCCGGAUGGUGUGGUUUACUAUAACUCUAUUGUGGUGCAGGCUCCGUCCCCUGGGGAUAGCAGUGGCUGGCCUGAUGGCUAUGAAGACUUGGAGUCAGGCGAUAAUGGAUUUCCUGGAGACGGGGAUGAAGGAGAAACUGCCCCCCUGAGCCGAGCUGGAGUGGUGGUGUUUAACUGCAGCUUGCGGCAGCUGAGGAAUCCCAGUGGCUUCCAGGGCCAGCUCGAUGGAAAUGCUACCUUCAACAUGGAGCUGUAUAACACAGACCUCUUUCUGGUGCCCUCCCCAGGGGUCUUCUCUGUGGCAGAGAACGAGCAUGUUUAUGUUGAGGUGUCUGUCACCAAGGCUGACCAAGAUCUGGGAUUCGCCAUCCAAACCUGCUUUCUCUCUCCAUACUCCAACCCAGACAGAAUGUCUGAUUACACCAUCAUCGAGAACAUCUGUCCGAAAGACGACUCUGUGAAGUUCUACAGCUCCAAGAGAGUGCACUUUCCCAUCCCGCAUGCUGAGGUGGACAAGAAGCGCUUCAGCUUCCUGUUCAAGUCUGUGUUCAACACCUCCCUGCUCUUCCUGCACUGCGAGUUGACUCUGUGCUCCAGGAAGAAGGGCUCCCUGAAGCUGCCGAGGUGUGUGACUCCUGACGACGCCUGCACUUCUCUCGAUGCCACCAUGAUCUGGACCAUGAUGCAGAAUAAGAAGACAUUCACCAAGCCCCUGGCUGUGGUCCUCCAGGUAGACUAUAAAGAAAAUGUUCCCAGCACUAAGGAUUCCAGUCCAAUUCCUCCUCCUCCUCCACAGAUUUUCCAUGGCCUGGACACGCUCACCGUGAUGGGCAUUGCAUUUGCAGCAUUUGUGAUCGGAGCGCUCCUGACGGGGGCCUUGUGGUACAUCUACUCCCACACAGGGGAGACAGCACGAAGGCAGCAAGUCCCUACCUCGCCGCCAGCCUCGGAGAACAGCAGCGCGGCCCACAGCAUCGGCAGCACUCAGAGUACCCCCUGCUCUAGCAGCAGCACAGCCUAGGUGGACAGACAGACGCCCGCCCACCGCAGCCAGGGCAGGGCCCGAUGCCAGUGCUGCGUGUCCACAGUCGGAAGUCUUGAUCUGGGCUCCCUGUAAAGAAAGAGUGAAUUUCAGUAUACAGACAGCCAGUUCUACCCACCCCUUACCACGGCCCACAUAAAUGUGACCCUGGGCAUCUGUCACACGAAAGCUAAGCUGGUGGCCUUCCCCACCAGCCCCUCGCAGGAUGGGGGUUUCAAUGUGAAACAUAUGCCAGUUUUGUUUUGUUUUUUUAAUGCUGCUUUGUCCAGGUGUCCAAACAUCCAUCAUUUGGGGUGGUCUGUUUUACAGAGUAAAGGAGGCGGUGAAGGGACGUCAGCUAGUGUGUAGAGCCAAGGGGAGACAGCUAGGAUUCUCGCCUAGCUGAACCAAGGUGUAAAAUAGAAGACACGCUCCAUAUCCAGUCUCGCCCUGGAUGCCCCCUUCUGACCUGCCACACCCUACAUGGUCCCCUGUGUAGCUUGCUAGCCUUUGUGGGGAGGGGCUGUCACUUACCACCGCAACAUUCCUCUCUUGGGCCAAUGAACGCUAAUUCCUGGUCCUCCAUGCACGCACACCAACUCCAAAAGUGCCUUAGUCAAGAGCAUUUCUCCUUUCAGGCACACAGAAACUGAAAACGGUCGAGAGAGUGGGAUAUCGGAUUUGUGCCUGUCUCCGGCAUUCCGUCCUAACAAUAUUUAAAUAUCAGGCUGGUAGGGUUCGGUGGUCAGCGAGGGGAUUAGCAGGGUGAUGCCUGUGUGUGGCCAUAUGGGCACAAAUGCAGAACACAUUGUGGGGACGAUCACUUCCCCCUUAAAUAUGGUCUAUCCUUCCAGAGUUGGAACUUAAGUUAUAUGUGGUAGGCUAUAUUGACUCCAAAUUCAUCAGCCUCUCUGAUGGGCCUGUAUAAAAACCUGGAGAGGCCCAGGCCAUCUGAUGAUGUCACCUGUCCUGCCCCGAGGAUGCAGAGACUGGGAGAAGGACGCUGACUUUAAAAAGGGUUUCAGGUGAACUUCUUCAGCAGAAUAAGGCGAUGCCACUCUGACAGUUACUGAGUUCAGUGACACCUCUGUGUUAGAACCCCAGAGGGGAUUCUCCAUGCCAGAUCCACUGCAAAUUAAAUACUAAUAUUGCUUUUCCAGAAUCCCCACCCCAACCCCCCCCCAACCCGCAAACAAGAUCCCAUAAGUAGAACAAGAUAGAUCCUAGCCUGAAUAACCGUGAGCAAAACCUCACUGCCUUUACGGUCAGGCAGUUGUGCCCUGGGCCUCCGUGAAUGAAAACUUAAGUUGGAAGCGUUACUGGUAGAAACAGCUAUGAAGGGUGGUGGACAAUCUCUCAGUCACCAAACCCUUGUCUAACUGACUGCAUAGUGGCUCAGCUUUCAUUCAAUUGGGAAAAUUUGAACCAAGGCAGAUUCCUUCAGGGCUGAGAGCCUCAGACUGAUGCAUAAAUACAUUGAAAAUACUUCAGAUUUUCCACAUGAAUACAAGAUGGUUUGAGACUAGAGAAAUACUUCUCUUUAGUUCCUUGGUUUUUAACAUGAAGGUGUCAUUGUGGAGGACCUGGAUUAUGUAUGCUACCUGUGUUUAAAAAUAAUGCGCUUUGCCUAACCUUCAGCAGAAUGUAACUGUUAAGUAUAUUCUAUGUAUAAAAAAAAGUUUAAAGAUGUCUUCAAAGAAGACUAGAGUCUUUAAAUCACUUAUAGCUAUAUUUUACUACAAAAUUCUGUAUAAAGAUAUAUUUAAAUGUUUUAGAGAAAUUUAAGUUACUCCAUAUGAAAUGUUUAAUUUCAGUUACUGUGAAUUCUUCUAAUCAGUUCUUUGAUUUAAAAAGAAAAACCUUUUCCAUCAUAUUAAAAAGAGAAUUAGCUAUGGGAAGAUAUUAAAAGAUUUCUUAGAUGGAUAGGGUUAAAAAAUUUUGUAAUAUAUUUAAAUGUAUAUUUUUGAGAGAGAUACUACAUUGCCAAUGACUUUAUAAAUAAUCUUAAAUUAACUUACAAAUUUAUAAGAUGCAAACCAAAAGAUUUUUUUUUUAAAGAGAGAGAGAGAAAAGAGAAAAAAAGCUUUUAUUCUUUUGGAUCUCAUUAUCAGAAGUAUUAUUCAGCUCGAGAAAUCUGAUUCCCAUAUUGGAAAAUGAACGUCCUUAAGUAUUCCUGAAGUGUAAAACUGGGUGUCUCCUCCCAGCUCUUGUUACAGUGUUUCUGACCGCUUCUUCACCCUUCACAGAUUUAAUACAAAGUUACAAGCCUUACUUUUAUAACAUAUCCUACAAGUUUCCUUAAGACUGUUGUUACAGUCUGGCUGAACCCAGUUCCACCUGCAAAGUCUUGCGUUGUGUCUGCAGGCCACACUAGUGGCUACAGAGGCCAUUUUGUUUGUUGAUACUGAGGCCAUGCUGGGGCACCUGAGUCUAAGGUGGGACUGUGUGCAAGGCACUACAGCUCUUCCCAAGGCGUUUGCCAGCUGUUAGCGCUGCAUUUUCAAAGGUCAGAGACUUUUCUUCUGUCUGAGCUGGUCAUGUAGCAGUUUUUUCCUAAACACAAAAUGGCCUCUUGCUUGUCUGGUAAUGAGAUUGUAAAUCCAUUUCCUGCAUGUUCUCCCCAGGCUUGCCUGAGUGUGUGGGGUGCGCAGGUGCGUGCCCGUCUUUUUGUACUGUAACUACCUCAUGGUUUGAAUGGUGAGCGUACUGCUGGUUGUAUUAACAGAGCACAUUUGUCGGGUGAGUUGUGUAUGUAAACUUUUUUUUUAACCCUGUUUGUUUUAUCUGGGGGUUCGUUCAUUAAACUGACAGAUAUUUUUCUAGGAGGGACUAUUAUUGGUUUCCAAAUGCAAUACUCUAUUCUGGUUUUUCCUGAGUGAGCCUGGUUUUGUUACUGUUUUUUUCAUCUAUGAGGGUAAAAGCAUACCCUGAAAAAUCCCUGUGGCCAGUUUGAACACCCCUGCUGUAACCUUCCCUCUGUCUCAUGGUCUUUGUGAACCUGCUUAGAGGUAUAGUUUUGAUAACCACAGUUUUAAUUCUUUUAUCUGUGCAUAAUAAAGAUAUAUAUCAAUUAUUAA